UUUCCAGUGCUGUCUGCAUUCAACGGUUUACUGAUAUCAAUGGAUUUCAAAUAUUUACAACCAUCAGCUAUCAAUUUGAAAAAUAUUGUUCGUGGAUGGACGUCUCUUGUGCCGUUAAUGUAUGAUCUAAAUUUUGUUCGAGCUCUUUCAAUAGUACGAUUGAAGAAUCCGUCAAGAGGAUCGAAAAUGUACAGAAGCAAUGAUACUGCGAGAAAAAAUCCACUUUAUAGAAUAGUAGAAUGGGUCGAGGAAAAACUUUGUUGA